CUUCAUUCAAUCGUUUACACCAACGUGUCAGUGUCGCUGUACCUACUACCAACCAACCGCAAUGUCUGAAGUUGCCGCCGAAGCCGCUGCCGCAGCUCCUGCUGCCUCGCCAGCCAAGGCCAAGAAGCCAAGGGCCCCUAAGGGACAGGGCAAGCCGAAGAAGCCAUCGACCCAUCCUCCAGUGAACGAUAUGGUUGUUGCUGCUAUCAAAACCCUGAAGGAGCGCAACGGAUCGUCCCUGCAGGCCAUCAAGAAGUACAUCGCUGCCAACUACAAGUGCGAUGUCGCCAAGCUGGCCCCAUUCCUCAAGAAGGCCUUGAAGAACGGUGUCGAGAAGGGCAAGUUUGUCCAAACCAAAGGAACUGGCGCAUCCGGAUCGUUCAAGCUGAAGGCUGAGGCCAAGAAGGCCGCCGGCGAGAAAAAGCCCAAGAAGGCCGGUGAGAAGAAAGCCAAGAAGGCUACCGGUGAGAAGAAGAAGGCUGCCAAGAAACCAGCUGGGGAAAAGAAAGCCAAGAAGCCAGCCGGCGAGAAGAAAGCCAAGAAACCAGCUGCAGCGAAAAAAGCCAAAGCUGCCGGUGCAAAGGCCGCCAAAAAGGCCGGAGGUGUGAAGAAGGCCGCUGCCCCGAAACAAAAGGCCACCAAGCCAUCCAAGACCGCCGCAAAGAAGCCAAAGACCCCGAAACCGAAGAAGGCCGCCCCCGCCAAGAAAGCUGCCGCGAAGAAAACCGCCGCCAAGAAGUAAUCUGGCGAUUUUCGGAACCAUCAGUCGUCAUACUGCGAAACAGUAUCCCACUUUCAAAUCAGUCCUUUUCAGGACUACCAUCUUAGAUCUUACCAAAGAGUUAAAAGUUGAAAUGGUUUCCUAUCAUCCAAUGCCAGGUCAUACGUUUCCUAGAAUACUGCUAGGUGCAAUUCUCAAAUAGGCCGGUCAGCUCGGCAUGAUUGAGUGUUGCCUUUUCGCUGCCGCCGAGCUUCCAGAGUGAAACUCUCGAAUCUUUGCACCGUGUUGGUGUAGUUAAGGUUAAUUGAAAAUGACUGCAACUUCCCUGCAGAUUGAUUGGUUGGUGAAAUUCCUGUUACUACCCGGUUGACAUAGAGCAAGUCACCUGGAAGGCUGCACUUGAAAUGAUGAAAUUCACAAACACCAAUCGUGAGAAGCACUAAUUGUCACGAUACAGCCAUUUCUGUCUUCGCGCUUCGAUAUAACGUGCAUUUUACCCUCGAUAUACGUACACCAAAAUUUGUCUCAAUGUGCACUUAUUCUGGGUAGCAUGGCUAAAGCUGCAAUCGCAUUUGGGGUGAUUUUAUCGUUUAUCUGGAGAUCAUUACUGGGAAAGUUAGAACUUUUCAUCGAAGCAAAAUGUACGUUAUAAACAGAAUUUCCCGACUGGAAAAGGAAUUGAAUCCGCCGUCUCCGGGUUGGCGAUCGAAAACCCUAUCCCCUAGGCUAACCGGAGACCCCAAUCUCACUUUCGAUCGCCAACCAGUUCCCCACUCAUCGGACAGAACUGCAAUUCUGACCGAGGAUUUCAAACGUUUAACCCAGUGUGCCUACUGACAGCCCUCUGAAAAUCUUAGAUCUACACGCCCUUGGUACAAUGAAAGCACAGGAUGCACAAGUUCUUCGCAGUUUUACACAUACCUCAAUAGUGAACGGCUUGCUGAUCCCAGUUUAGGGCACUGCCGGCCGGGUGGGUUAAACAGGCGACAACACUCCGCGACACACGCGAUUCAACACCCGGGCACAAGAACAAAACAAACUAUUUACAAUGGACACAUUCACGCUGUGUGCAUGACCACUGUACUUCCGGCGGCAGUCUUCCGCUAUAGGUUCAAAUUUUGAACGAUGAAUCAAACUGGCACUCCCGCAACGGAGACGCGACACUCAGCUAGACGGACACCGAACUGAACUGACUACCUACACCGAGGAAAAAUUCUACUCAGUCCCUGCGUUAUUCCUAAUUCUGUUUUCGUUAAGUUUUAGCUGACCGAGUAGAAUUUUUUCUCGGUGUAUCACGACUAAGAAAUUGCGCACGGUAAAACAACGUGACACAAAAUUGAGAAUGGAUUUUCUCAGCCCGUUUGAGCUUCAUGUUUAGUAAACUGCCAAAUCUCGAUCCGUGGUGAGAACCGGCGAGACAUUCUCCCAAGGGGAGUGAGAAUGAACGAACGCGUGUAACACGAUUUGGAGUGUAUACAAGGGCCCAUAUAGCCGAGGCGGCAAAUGCACGGGUAUUCAGCAUGACCAUGCUGAGGGUGACGGGUUCGAUUCCCGGUCGGUCCAGGAUCUUUUCGUAAAGGAAAUUUCCUUGACUUCCUUGGGCAUAGAGUAUCUUCGUGCCUGCCACACGAUACACAUGCAAAAUGGUCAUUGGCAGAGGAAGCUCUCAGUUAAUAACUGUGGAAGUGCUCAUAGAACACUAA